AUGGCUACGCAACAAAUAUUCCCCAGCUUGAGAAGUCGGUCAAGACUCUCUAACAACUUGCGAAGAUCAUGUAUGAGUCCACAUCUAUCGACGGUGCCAACAGUAUGGACAUCACAAAGAAAUUAUUCAGACAGCCAGAGCAAAGAAAGCAGAGAUACUCGGUAUCCCAGAAGCAAAUCAAGCGCCAAUGCCAACGCCGAUCCAGGAGAAGUUCCUCGGUUCAGCAUGCGCGACCUUGGUGCUUCACCAACAGUGAAGGUCAUCGUCUACACUACAAUUGGAAUCAUUGCCACGCUCGAGACAUACGCCUACGGCAGAUGGGCCUGGUACAAAUGGGGUCCAAAAGCGGACGGUCCGGAGCAGGUUAGCGAAGAAUGA